GCGCGCCGCUGGCCCUCCGGAAGUCAGACUCCGCCGGGCUGAGCCGAGCCACGCCAGCGCCGACUGGCGUCGUGGAAGAGUCUGUGCAGAGGUGACACCUGAUCCGGUGGGAGACGGCCAGGGGAGCGCGCGCGGAUUGGCUGGAGCCGACGGGGGUCGGCUGGGCGCGGCGCGAACUGGGAGACCGCAGUCCCGGGGAGCGCACCGGAAGUUCUCGCCUGGCCCAGGCGCGGGGUCCAAGAUGGUGGCGCUAGGAGCCGCGACCCAGUGAUAGCGGCCGUGGAGGGGCCGCCGACCGAGCGGGAGGCUGGGGGUAGCCUGGAGGUGAGACCCCGCUGAGUUUACAGAGCUGGCGGCCGCGGCGCCUGCGUCCUCCGGCAAGCGAGGAGUGGAGCAGAGCUCAUCUGCCUAUGGGGAGAGGCCUGGGGGACCUCAGGAGGAUGUAGGCGCCGGGUGCGCAUGGCUGGGCCUUCUUGCUCUCGGUCGGCUUCUUGGUCUCGGUGUGCCCCAUCCCCGGCCCUGUCCCGCUACUCUUGCCUGUUCCAGUUCCCUCCUGUGGGUACCGCUAACGGCAUCUUCCCGAGGCCCAGAAUCCAUCGUCAGGCAUAAAUUGAUUAUUCCUCGCCCAAAUCUGUGCCAGAUUCUGAACACAGGAAUAAGAUGAAGGAGUGGAAAUCAAAGAUGGAAAUUUCUGAAGAAAAGAAGUCAGCAAGGGCUGCAUCCAAAAAACUCCAAAGACAGAUCACCCAGGAAUGUGAGUUAGUUGAAACCAGUAAUUCUGAGGACAGAUUAUUGAAGCACUGGGUAAGCCCUUUAAAGGAUGCAGUGAGACAUCUCCCUUCCCAAGAGAGCAGUAUCAGGGAAAUGCAUAUUAUCCCCAAGAAAGCCAUUGUGGGAGAGAUUGGCCAUGGAUGUAAUGAAGGAGAAAAAAUACUUUCUGCAGGAGAAAGCUCCCAUAGAUAUGAGGUUAGUGGCCAAAACUUCAAACAGAGGUCAGGAUUAACUGAACAUCAGAAAAUUCAUAACAUAAAUAAGACCUAUGAAUGUAAGGAAUGUGGAAAAACCUUCAACAGGAGUUCAAACCUGAUCAUACAUCAGAGAAUUCAUACAGGAAAUAAACCAUAUGUGUGUAAUGAAUGUGGGAAAGACUCUAAUCAAAGUUCAAAUCUUACUAUACAUCAGAGAAUUCAUACAGGAAAGAAACCUUAUAUAUGUCAUGAAUGUGGAAAAGACUUCGAUCAGAGCUCCAAUCUGGUGAGACAUAAGCAAAUUCACAGUGGUGGGAAUCCCUAUGAGUGCAAAGAGUGUGGGAAGGCUUUUAAGGGAAGCUCAAACCUUGUCUUGCACCAGAGAAUCCACAGUAGGGGGAAGCCAUAUUUAUGCAAUAAAUGUGGGAAGGCUUUCAGUCAAAGCACAGAUCUUAUUAUACAUCACAGAAUUCACACUGGAGAGAAACCCUAUGAAUGUUAUGACUGUGGACAGAUGUUCAGUCAAAGUUCACACCUUGUCACACAUCAGAGAAUUCACACUGGAGAGAAACCCCUCAAAUGUAAUGAAUGUGAAAAAGCCUUCAGGCAGCAUUCUCACCUUACUGAACACCAGAGACUCCACAGUGGAGAGAAACCCUAUGAAUGUCACAAAUGUGGGAAGACCUUCAGUGGGCACACAGCUUUUCUUAAACAUCAGAGAUUGCAUGCUGGAGAGAAACUUGAAGAAUGUGAGAAAACCUUCAGCAAGGAUGAGGAGCUUAGGGAAGAGCAGAGAAUUCACCAGGAAGAGAAAGCUUAUUGGUGUAAUCAGUGUGGUAGGAAUUUCCAGGGCAGCUCAGAUCUCAUCAGACAUCGGGUAACUCAUAUAGGAGAGAAACCAUAUGAAUGUAAAGAAUGUGGGAAAACUUUCAAUCAGAGCUCAGACCUUCUGAGACAUCAUAGAAUUCACAGUGGAGAAAAACCUUGUGUAUGUAGCAAAUGUGGGAAAUCUUUUAGGGGUAGCUCAGAUCUUAUUAGACACCAUCGUGUUCAUACUGGAGAGAAACCCUAUGAAUGUAGUGAGUGUGGGAAAGCCUUUAGCCAGAGGUCACACCUUGUUACACACCAGAAAAUCCAUACUGGAGAGAAGCCCUAUCAGUGCAAUGAAUGUGGGAAAGCCUUCAGGCGGCGUUCCCUCUUUAUUCAACAUCGGAGAAUUCAUAGUGGUGAGAAGCCCUAUGAAUGUAAGGAAUGUGGGAAGCUCUUCAUGUGGCGCACGGCUUUCCUCAAACAUCAGAGCCUGCAUGCUGGAGAGAAACUUGAAUGUGAGAAAACCUUCAGCCAGGAUGAGGAGCUUAGGAAAGAGCAGAGAAUUCACCAGGAAGAGAAAGCUUAUUGGUGUAAUCAGUGUGGUAGGGCUUUCCAGGGCAGCUCAGACCUCAUCAGACAUCAGGUAACUCAUACAGGAGAGAAACCAUAUGAAUGUAAAGAAUGUGGGAAAACUUUCAAUCAGAGCUCAGACCUUCUGAGACAUCAUAGAAUUCACAGUGGAGAAAAACCUUAUGUAUGCAACAAAUGUGGGAAAUCUUUUAGGGGUAGCUCAGAUCUUAUUAAACACCAUCGUAUUCAUACUGGAGAGAAACCCUAUGAAUGUAGUGAAUGUGGGAAAGCCUUCAGUCAGAGGUCACACCUUGCUACACACCAGAAAAUCCAUACUGGAGAGAAGCCCUAUCAGUGCAAUGAAUGUGGGAAUGCCUUUAGGCGGCAUUCCCUCCUUAUUCAACAUCGGAGACUUCAUAGUGGUGAGAAACCCUAUGAAUGUAAGGAAUGUGGGAAACUCUUCAUGUGGUGCACGGCUUUCCUCAAACAUCAGAGACUGCAUGCUGGAGAGAAACUUGAAGAAUGUGAGAAAACCUUCAGCAAGGAUGAGGAGCUUAGGGAAGAGCAGAGAACUCACCAGGAAGAUAAAGUUUAUUGGUGUAAUCAGUGUAGUAGGACCUUCCAGGGCAGCUCAGACCUCAUCAGACAUCAGGUAACUCAUACAAGAGAGAAAUCAUAUGAAUGUAAAGAAUGUGGGAAAACUUUCAAUCAGAGCUCAGACCUUGUAAGACAUCAUAGAAUUCACAGUGGAGAAAAACCUUAUGUAUGCAACAAAUGUGGGAAAUCUUUUAGGAGCAGCUCAGAUCUUAUUAAACACCAUCAUGUUCAUACUGGAGAGAAACCUCAUGAAUGUAGUGAAUGUGGGAAAGUCUUUAGCCAGAGGUCACACCUUGUUACACACCAGAAAAUCCAUACUGGAGAGAAGCCCUAUCAGUGCACUGAAUGUGAGAAAGCCUUCAGGCGGCAUUCUCUCCUUAUUCAACAUCAGAGACUUCAUAGUGGUGAGAAACCCUAUGAAUGUAAGGAAUGUGGGAAACUCUUCAUGUGGCGCACGGCUUUCCUCAAACAUCAGAGACUGCAUGCUGGAGAGAAACUUGAAGAAUGUGAGAAAACCUUUAGCCAGGAUGAGGAGCUUAGGGGACAGCAGAGAACUCACCAGGAAGAGAAAGCUUAUUGGUGUAAUCAGUGUGGUAGGAAUUUCCACGGCAGCUCAGACUUCAUUGGACAUCAGGUAACUCAUACAGGAGAGAAACCAUAUGAAUGUAAAGAAUGUGGGAAAACUUUCAAUCAGAGCUCAGACCUUGUGAGACAUCAUAGAAUUCACAGUGGAGAAAAACCUUAUGUAUGCAACAAAUGUGGGAAAUCUUUUAGGGGUAGCUCAGAUCUUAUUAGACACCAUCGUGUUCAUACUGGAGAGAAACCCUAUGAAUGCCCUGAAUGUGGGAAGGCCUUCAGUCAGAACUCACACCUUGUCAGUCAUCAAAGAAUUCAUACCAGAGAGAAACCAUUUGAAUGUAGCAACUGUGGUAAGGCCUUCAGUGGGCGGACAGCUUUUCUUAAACAAACACCAGAAACUUCACAUUGGAAAGGAAUUUGAGGACUGUAAGAGUCCUCAAUUUGUAGACUGUAAGAGUCUACAAACAGGACCUAUUCUAAUAGGUAGCAGAAACCUAAUGAAUAUAGUAAAACUAGGAAAAGCCUGAUGGAGACCACAUCUUAUUGCACUACAGAUGAGUUUUAUUAGAAAAACCAUGUGAAGGGGGAAAGCAUAGAAAAUACCUACUGGAUUUUUCAAACGUAAGUAUGAUCAAGCGGAAAAGCUAAAAGCUCUUGGACAUAAUCACCUUUUUUUUUUUUUCUGUCUCAGAACUGACACUAGAAUAUGGUCCCGACAAUACAAUUUUUAAAAUUAUUUAUUUUUUAACAUACAAAGAGACGAGGUCUCACUAUGUUGCCCAGGCUGGACUUGAACUCUUGGGCUCAAGCACUCCUCCCUUCUCAGCCUCCCAAAGGGUUGGGAUUACAGGCAUGAGCCACUGCACCAGCCCCAAGGGUCUAAUUACUUGAGAAUGUUUUAGGGGAUGUCUAUCAUUAUUAAAAUCAUUAUAAAUCACUUUGGCAACAACCCCAAAAAUAAAUUAUUCAUGGAAAGAGCCAUUUCAAUCUUGACUUCCUAGUCGAGUGACAAGUUUAAAUGUGGGAAAAAACCCUGUGAAAGUAAGGAGUGUAGGCCAGGCGCGGUGGCUUGUACCUGUAAUCCCAGCACUUUGGGAGGCCAAGGUGGGCAGAUCACGAGGUCAGGAGUUGAUCAUGAGGAGUUACUAUGCCCAGCCAACAUACUAAAACCCCUUCUCUACUAAAAAUACAAAAAUUAGCCAGGCAUGGUGGGGCACGCCUGUAGUCCCAGCUACUUGCGAGGCUAAGGCAGGAGAAUCACUUGAACCUGGGAGGUGGAGGUUGCGGUGAGCCAAGAUCACGCCACUGCUCUCCAGCCUGGGCAACAAGUGCGAAACUCCAUCUCAAAAAAAAAAAAAGUCUAACUCUUUUACUUGUCUUUACAAUGCUGUACAGUGAGAGCUAAUGUUUAUAAGGAUAAACAGGAUACUUAAAAGGAUUUGAAGGUAAUUUAAUUCAGUGGUUUCCAACUUUUUAAUUACCAAGGCCUUCUUUUUACUCCCUUAUGUCCUGUGUUUUAAAAGAUGAGGUUUACCAAACUGCAUUUAUUAAAGAAUUGUAUUUUGCUACAUAAAAGCAUGUACAACAGAAAUCAUGCUUCUGACUGGCACCAUGUAGGCAGACCUAGGUACUAAAAUUCCAGCCCAAAGCAAAUAAUUUACCAUUUUCAUUAGUCUUUUUAUUCCUUUUGUUGGCAAACAUAUCAUCUAUGUUAGGCUUUUUGAAAUAUUAACUAUUACUUGUAAACUCCAGAUUAAAAACUAACCAAUUCAUCUUUGAUGGAGCUUGAAUCAAACUAAGGGUAUUGGACUUUUGAAAGAUUGAAAUUUUUGUUACAGUAUGGAAUGUUUUUAACUGUGAAUGUUGAAAUAAAAGUUAUUUAAGAAUUAC